AUUAUCAAAAUAGCAUUUUGUUCUAAUCUUUGUAGGGGCGUCAAAUACCAUGAACCAGAAUACUGGAAAUUUGGCGAAGAUGGCAACAAAUAUUUCAGGCAUGCAACAGGACAAUUAUACGCUAUUUCCAAGGAUCUGGCAACUUACAUAUCAGCCAAUCGGCAUAUACUGCAUAGAUAUGCUAAUGAAGAUGUUUCUUUGGGUUCUUGGUUUAUUGGUCUUGAUGUUGAGCAUAUUGAUGAGAGGAGUAUGUGCUGUGGAACACCUCCAGACUGUGAGUGGAAGGUCCAAGCUGGGAACGCCUGUGCUGCUUCAUUCGAUUGGAGCUGCAGUGGCAUCUGCAAAUCAGUGGAGAGAAUGGAGGAGGUCCAUCAGCUCUGUGGAGAGGAUCAAGGAACAAUAUGGCAUUUUUCCAUUUGAUAUUUACCCUAUUUUCUUUUCUACUUUUGUUUUUUUUUUUUUUUUGGUGCCAAUAUCUCUUUCUUUGUAUUAUAUCCUGCUAUAUUAAGAUUCGGGGAUGGUGCAGCUUUGAAGUGUUCUGACAUUUGUUUUUAUGGAAAUGGGGAAAAAAAUGUGUUUUUGAUACAAA